AUGGACCUCGCCGUGGAACUUCUGGGAGAAGCCUUACAGAAUGCUAUCAAUGCACACGGAGAUCUGGCGCCCGAGUGUGCAAGGUUUUAUCAGCGCUAUGGUGAGGCGCUUUUCCAAAAAGCCCAAGCCGAGACCGACGUAUUUGGAGCCUCCCUGCAGAAGACCUCACGAGAAAGGGAUCAGGAUGAAGAUGAGGCCGCAGAGGAGGCUGGAGAAGAGGGCCGUGGCAAAGGUCAAGACAACGAGAAGGAGAAUGUGGAUGCCAAGGGCAAGGCGCCGAUGGCAGAGGAGGACAUUGCAGCAGAGGAGGAGGAAGGAGAUGCGCAGGAGGAUGCUGACGAGGACGAAGAUGCAGAGGGGAGCGAGGAAGACGACAGCGAUGACAUGAAGCUGGCCUGGGAGAUGCUAGAGGUCGCGCGCACCAUCUGCCCACCAGACCAGCCCCUGCAGCUGGCAGAUGUGCUGAUGCUACUGGGAGACCUAGGCAUGGAGACAGAACGCUUUGAAUCGGCCAUGACUGACUACGAGCAGGCGCUGGGUCUUCUCAAACGCCACCUACAAUUCGACGACCGGCGCAUCGCGGAGGCGCAUUACAAGCUGUCGCUGACGCUGCACUUCCUGGACAACCCCGAGGACGCGCUCAAGCAUGCGCGAGCGGCUGUUGAUGUCUGCAACGCCCGCAUCGCCAGCCUCACCCCGGCAGCCGCCGCUGCCACCGCGCCGGCCCCUGCCGGGUCAAGUGACGCGCCGGCUGCGCAGGAUGCAGCUCUGGCGGCGCAGAGGGAGACAGCUGAUCUGAAGGGCGUUUUGGGAGACCUGGCUGCCAAGGUUGAAGAGCUGGAGGGGGCGGUGCGCGAGAAUGAGUCCACCAGAAAUGCGCUCAAGGCCGCCUUCUCCCGCCUGGCUUCCGCGCAGGGCAGCAGCGCCAGGGACAGCGGCGGGUCCAGCUCAGCGGCGGCCGGCGCGCAGCCGUCAGGGGGCGUCAUCAACCUGGGGGUUGUUGGCCGCGGCAGCAAGCGCAUCAACCUGCAACCCAUCUCCGCCACAGCCGCCCCCUCCACUGAUGAAGCGGCGCCGAAGCAGAAGCGCUCGCUGGAGGACAUGAUGGGCUCAAGCGCUGCAACCACCAUCGGCUUUGGCGCGCCCAUCAGCAUACCGGCCGGCUUUGGGGCUGCCGGCCCCUCCGCACCAUCGACAGCCGCUCCCUCACUUGCCGGGAAUGUGGCCAAGAAGGCAAAGGCUGAGCUGGAGGAGUGUGUGCAGAACGCACAGAAGGAGCCCAGUGCUGGGGCGGCUGCCGCCGCAAAGCCGGCGGCACUGCCGGCUUUCUUGCAGACUUCAUCUUUGGCUGCUUUGUAUGGCAGUGGCCAGGAAACCAGCGUAGAUGGGAAGGGACAGGCAGACAUGCCUGCAAAGAGUGAGGCCAGCUAG